CUCUCGCGAGACGCCAACGCCGGACUCUCGCGAGAUGCCACCGCCGGACUCUCGCGAGGAUCGCUCGGGGAGUUCCGACCCAGGGGGCGCGGCGCGGCGCGGCGCGGGUCGGCCUUGGGAAGUGUGGCUGUUGCGAUUGUCGGAUUCUCGCGGCAGGAGCUACAUAUUGAAGACAAUGUCUGGAAGCUUCUACUUUGUAAUUGUUGGCCACCAUGAUAAUCCAGUUUUCGAAAUGGAAUUUUUGCCAGCUGGAAAAGCAGAAUCCAAAGAUGAUCAUCGUCAUCUGAACCAGUUCAUAGCUCAUGCUGCUCUCGACCUUGUAGAUGAGAAUAUGUGGCUGUCAAACAACAUGUACCUGAAAACUGUGGACAAGUUCAACGAGUGGUUUGUUUCGGCAUUUGUUACUGCAGGUCAUAUGAGAUUUAUUAUGCUUCAUGACAUAAGACAAGAAGAUGGAAUAAAGAACUUUUUUACUGAUGUCUAUGAUUUAUACAUAAAGUUUGCAAUGAAUCCAUUUUAUGAACCCAAUUCUCCUAUUCGAUCAAGCGCUUUUGACAGAAAAGUUCAGUUUCUUGGGAAGAAGCACCUUUUAAGUUGAAUCUGGAAAAGUUUGGAAAUACACAAUGUCACUACAAUGGGGUAUUCUCAGGAAUGUGUACAUUGUAAGUAACUUAAUUAAAUAGCCUGGAAAAGUUUACUUCUAGUCUAAAUUUAUCUAAACUUAAUGAAGUUUCUUGUAUAUUUCAAAACAGUACAUUCAGUUUCUUAUGAUUAUCAACAGAUCAAUAUUUGCUUGUGAACAGUGUUAUUUAUAAACUCUUUAUAACCUUGAAAAUAUCCUUAUUCUAAAAAUUAAGAAUGAGCUUUUGACUUUACUCAGAUAGUUUGAUCUUGAUGUCACAAUCCAGAACCAAAUGUCAUUGUCAAGAUUUUGCUAGACAGAUUUAAACCUAAAAGUCUCUGCAGUAGGGAAUGAAAUUGAUAGCAUGUACAUGGGCUUCUAUACGUCUAGAAAUAGUUAUAAAAUCACAUAGGCAGUAUAUAUAACACUACCCAAGAAGCCGAAGCAAGCAGCUUUUGCAGUGCCAAAUGCCACGAAGCCCCCCUCUGUCAAAGACUGGGAAUAGUGAUUCUGCUAAAAAUCUAGAAUCCUAGAUCCAUAUUUAUAAAAUGGGAAGCUGGGACCAAAGUGACAGGUUAUGUUCUUAUAUUGCCUUUCCUUCAGACAGUAAACUGAAAGUUAAGUGAACCUGUUGAUAGUUCUACUAGUAAAAAGGUGGAAAUCUGGAACUGUAAACAAAAGUUUAUAUUAACCUUUGCAUUCUUGGCUUUUUUAGGCUGUACACCAAGGGGUGGGGAGUGGCCUCCUGUAACAAGUGGGAUCUUACUAUAAACCACUAAAUGUCCACUUAAAAAACAAGUACUAUAACCAGAUAUUUUCUGUGCUAAUUGUGAGCACUCAAUUUUGUUCUAUCCUGAACAACUUGAGCAAAUCAUUCCAAGUUCGGUAUCAGACCCUUGUGUGAAGUUGGUGUCAUAAUUGUUUACCCCAUUUAUUUAUUUGAUUUCUUAAAUAAAGAUGCUUGUCCAAGAGUGUGGAA